AUGUUAAUCAAAUUGGAAACUUACCAAAUCAACUACAAUCUCAAGGCCACCGGAGCUCUCGACGCCACGACGCUGGCUCAAAUGUCGAAACCUCGAUGCGGGGUUGCGGAUAUCAUCGACGGCAAGAGUGGGAUGAAAUCAGGCAAGAAUAUGGUGAAUCAACAUAGAAAAAGUGGUCAUUUCCAUCAAGUUUCUCAUUUUACUUUCUUCAAAGGAAACCUUAAAUGGCCUAAUUCCAAGUCUCACCUCACUUAUGGAUUCCUCCCUGGAACUCCGUCGGGGGCGGUAGAUCCGGUGGGUCGAGCUUUUACGACAUGGGCUGCGAACACUCACUUCAGCUUCUCCCUAGCAUCUAGCUACAAAACUGCUGACAUCAAAAUAAGCUUUGAAAGGGGUGACCAUGGAGAUGGCUUUCCCUUUGACAAUGUUGGAGGAGUGAUAGCCCAUGCUUUUGCCCCUACAGAUGGGCGGUUACAUUUUGACGCAGUCGAGCGUUGGACCGAUGGGGCGGUUCCUAAUUCGUACGAUGUCGAGACGGUAGCAUUGCAUGAGAUCGGACACCUUCUCGGCCUUUAUCAUAGCUCGGUCGAAGGGGCUAUUAUGUGGCCAACCAUCAUGAGAGGAGCUACCAAGGGUUUGCAUGCCGAUGAUAUUGCAGGCAUCAAGGCUUUAUACACUCCUACCUCUUGA